AUGCCUUUUACUGUACCGAAAGACCAGUGUAACCGCACCUUCACAACACUCCUGGCACUCGUCCAGGACAGCAACAAGUUCCUACGUGAGAACCUGACGAAUGGAGAGUACUGGACCUUUUGCAUUCAGGUGAGCAAGCAGUGGAAGCCUUUCGGUAUAGUGACAACCGAGAACGCCUUACAUUUGAAUGCAGCUGGUGUGGCACCCCGGUGGUUCACACUCAACUACAUGACGCGGCAGAUCCAGCUCAAUCCAGAGCAUUCAGCAAACAAUGACAGGCUUGAGGCAGCUUUCAACCAGAUCCGUAAUCACCUCCAUCGGAAAGGUCCCUGGGCUGGCAAGCUGAAGAAGUACGAUGACGAAAAGUGGCCGUUGGUUGGUGCUCCAUUUGAAGCAGGGAUCCUAUGCGACAUUGUCCCCAUCUUUGGCACAGUCACCUCAGGUGUCCACCUGAACAUCUUUCAGAAGAAAGGUAAGGAAACGCUCAUCUACGUCGCCCAGCGCGCGAAGAACAAGACGUUUGGCGGCCUGCUGGACCAAUGUGCCGCCGGCGGCUUCCAGUCCGGAACAGACAAAGACGCCUUGUCCUGCAUGGUCCGCGAGGCCAAAGAGGAGCUGAAGAAAGGCCUGCCCGAGAAUCUGCAGGGCAGGAUCAAGAAGCAGCAGUGCAUCCAGUACUGCGACAUACGCGACGAGCGAUGGGGAUACGAUGAGAUCGGCGUCCCCGAGCCCGGCAUCAAGGUCCCGUUCGACCUCGAGCUGAGAGAAGACACGGCGAUGAGGGGGGAGACCAAGGAGAUUAUGAGGAUCGAGGCCAUGAACGUGGCCCAGGUACGUGCUGCUCUCCUUGUCGGCCAUUUCAAACCGAAUUGCGCCCUCGUCAUGAUCGACUUUUUAAUCCGCAAGAAUCUCCUCACUGACGCUCAGGAUCGGAGGGAUGUUCCUGAGAUCAGGAAGCUUUUGAAACUGACCAAGAUUCACUGCCUUGAAGUCAAGGAAGUCAAGUGA